CAUCUCCACCUCCGUCAGGACUAUAGUAGACUGUCUUAUAUGCGAAGGAGAGAGGUUGUCUGUUCUGUGGCUCUUGUCACUAGUGUCCUACUACUGCCUUUUAUCUGUGGUGUCUUCUGUUCUGCAAACAUAGCCGGAUCUCAGAGACCCACCAUGAAGCCUGGAAGGCCUUCCUGGAAGAAGCUUCAACCUGCAGAGAAAGAAAUUGUGGCCGAGGUGGCCAAGCAGUUGCGCUUGAUGGGGGACAAAUACAACAUGAAGCAGAAAAUCCUGAAUGUUGUAACCAAGAUUCUUUCACCAGGGACCUGAUGAGCACUUAUGAAGAAAUAAUAAUUAAAGAAAUUAUAAAAAAAAUACAUAUAAAUCUUCGAGUGCCACGAUGGCGUGGGGAAGAAAACACCGGGUUACAGCCGCAGUGGUUUCAAUCUCGGAAUCAUUGUUCCAUUGUGGGAUACCGUACAUGGAGAGGAAGAACUGGGUUUUAUUUACAAGCCAAAGAUGAGUUGUCAAGGCUCAACAAUAUUGGAGUGUUGACAGAAUGACCAUAUAAGCAAGACCAAAAGUCACCUUUGUACAUAAACACUACUCAAGGAUGCCUAGCAACGUCAAGUCUGUUGACUCUACAGCGAAGUAUCGGGCUGUUUUUACAACAUGGAAAACCCUUCUGGACUUUAACCUGGAGAUCACCGUUUUUAUCUUUACCUUUUUUCCGGUUGUAUCACAUUUCAACCUUGGAAAUGAUUGUUUAAAACGUAAAAUUAAGGACAAUAGAAAAGUGAAAAAAACUUUUAGCACUUGCCAGAAAAAAUAAAGUUUUAAUCACUGUAUAUCUAAUAAUAUUAUAAAACAUAUUUAUAUAUAAGAUUAAUUAUUAAUUUCUUUCCAUAUAGUAUGGAUGGAUCAUUUCUGUGUUUUUUUUUUUUACUUUGUUAUUAUUAUUUAAUUUUUUAUAAAUGUUAAUAUUCAAAACCUCUUCAUUUCUUGUGGCAUUUUGUUAAGCACUUAAAUCAAAAUCAUACAGGAAAGGUGUAGAAAUGGCAUACUUGAUUAUGUGAUGGGUUGGAUUUUAGUACAAAUAUCAUAAAGAAAUGUUAUACUAACUGGGUUUGGGUACUUUCUUUAGGUUCAUAAAUGCAGAAAUAUUUUACAUUAGUAAAAUAGAUUACUAGUAAAAAAUAUAUUAUAUUA